UCUUCCGUCCCCGCGCGGCCACGCCCUCCCCUUCUUUUCCCCUCUCCCACGAGAUCCCGUUUCGUUUGAAUUCCGUGCGCGAAUUUACGAAACUGCCCCCGGCAGGACCCACGCUCCCUCUCUGUCCCCGGCUCAGCCGCUUUCCUUUUUUUUUCCUCUUUCAAUUUCGCCGCUGCCCCCACCUAUCGCCGUCGUGCGAUUCCGUCCCUGGCGUGGCGGUGGGGGGCAUCCGGGCCGUCGAGCUGUCGAUCCGCGCGGCGAUGCAGGCGCCACGUGGCGGAGGUGGCUUCCUCGGGAAGCGGAAGGAGCGCGAGUACUACCCGCCAUACCCCUCGGCCUCGUCGUCGGAGCAGGCGGUGCUGCUCCAGCGGCCGCCGCAGCCGUUCGCUAGGCCCGACCCGCGUUUCGGCAGGCCGGAUCGCGCGGCGGCGGUGAGGCUUGGCGCCAAACCGCCGCUCCCUCACCCAGGUGUUGCGGGGCUCCAAGUCGGCGGCGGCGGCGGCGGCGGCGGCAACAAGCUGCUGGCCGGGUACCUGGCGCACGAGUUCCUGCGGUGCGGCACGCUCCUCGGCGAGCGGAGGCUGGAGCCGUCGGCGUGGAAGGAGAAGGAGCCCGCCCUCGCCGCCCCCGCGCCCGAGCCGAGCAGGCGCUACGCGGAGGUUUCGCGGCUGCUCAUGGCGGGCGGGGCCCGCAUCCCCGGCAUCGUCAACCCCUCGAAGCUCGGCCGCUGGCUCCGGAUUAAGGAGUGACGGGGCCGGCCAUGCCGUGAGGCCGCUGGGGGACGCGUCGCGCGCGGCGGGGCGGCAUUGCCUGCUGGCUCGCCUCGGCGGCCGCGCACUCUGCCCUCCUCGGCGGCCGAUCAACCCGAAGAACAGCGGAUGCUUCUGGACACAGCAAGCGGGUUAGUCCCGUCCUUUCCCUUCGAAUUUUUCGUGUGGUAAUUAGCGAAUCAUUUCCCGUUGUCAAAAGAUCUUAGCGUAGUUGUUGGAUGAGAAACUGGAGGCACUGCUGCUAGCUUUUGCGGCUUCCGUUACACUUGAAUCCUCUGCAUCGGCAAAACAAUCUGUGAUGAUAUGCGUAGAUGAAUCAACCGUCGGUGUAAAUACAAUGAUAUGCUUUGGAAGUAGCUUGUGAAGUACUCUACAUGUUUCUA